AUGGAAGCGGACGAAGCGAAUUUUUUUGAGAGAGCUCUAUUGUGCGGCUGGAGAUCGUUCAGACCUUUUUUUUUUCAAAGACUAAACACGCCAAAAUGGUUUCUUGUGUUUCUUUUUUUAUACUCUUUCAUGCAAGGUAUGAUUGUGACAGGUCUAACGGCUGCUGGUCUUUUUUUGUUGGAGAAGAGAUUCAAACUCACCAGCAAACAGACCGGUAUGAUUGUAGCAGCAAAUGACGUCUCUGCACUGAUUCUGAUCAUCUUUAUUAGCUACUUUGGAGGUCACAGGAACAAAGCCCGCUGGCUGGGCAUAGGAGCAUUAGUAACUAGUCUGGGAUGUUUGUUGUUCGCCUUUUUUUUUGUCCUUGUCGGCAAGUACACCCCUCUUGAACUUGAAACGUUUUUUUGCAUACAAACUUGUUGGUUUAACAGUACAAAGAUACCUAUUUUUUUCGGUGUGUGCGCUGAAGCCAAAGGUUACACAGCUUGGAAUUUUUUUCUGGUUUUUGUGGGGGCUAAGCUUCUUUUAGGGGCAGGAUUUUUUUCUCUGUUUACGCUUGGCCCGGCUUAUAUCGACGAAAAUGUUUUUUUAAAGGCAGCGCCCAUGUAUCUUGGGGUGUGGUUUAUAGCUUUUUUUUUUGGUCCUGGAAUUGGUUACGUAGCAGGAGGGUCCCUUCUUAAUGUGUGGGUGGACCUGAUUCAGCCUCCUGGAGUUGACUUGACUUUUUUUGAUCCCCGCUGGAUUGGGGCCUGGUGGCUAGGGUACUUUUUUUUUUGUCUACUACUGUUAUGUACCUCUAUAGCACUUCUUGGUUUUUUUUUAGAGAUGCCAGGAGCCCGUGAACAAAGAUUAGCUGCUAUUUUUUUUGGACUUUUGCCGCCUCGUGAUGAGCACAUUCAGGGCCGAUUUUUUUAUAUUUUACCAGCCACCAAAUCUAUCCUUACUAACAAAAUUUUUUUGUUCAAUACUUGCGCCUUUUGCUGUACAACACUCAUCGCUUUUUUUCUGGGACCUUUUGUGUCGAAGUUUAUCCAGUCGCAAUUUUUUUUUUCUUCCUCAACGGCAGGAAUCCUCUCUGGUUUUUUUAUCAUCCCAGGCACUGCUGGCGGUAUAUUCCUGGGCAGUUUUUUUUUCAAGAGAGUUGAUGUCAGACGGUCGUGUAAGAUGGCUGUUUUUUUCUGCUUCAUCUUUCAAUUUAUUGGUACUUGGGCUGUGCUAACUUUUCUAAUUCCCGGUUGUAAGACGACGCUGCUAGCUGGUAUUUUUUUUUCUUACAACAAUAGCACUCUUGUGGAUUUUUUUAAGUCUUCUCCUUGUAACAACCUGUGUCAUUGUAACAGCUUUUUUUAUGACCCCGUGUGUGGAGUCGAUGAGGUGUCCUACUUCUUUUUUUUCCAUGCUGGCUGCACCAAAAGAAUUGUAAAAGAUGGAAAUUUUUUUAUGUAUUUUUUUUGCCGUUGUAUUUCGUCCCCAGACAGUACCGUUCGUUAUUUUUUUUCUGCACAAGGAACAUGUGACCGAGACUGUAAGAAUUUGAUUCCAUUUCUGUUCGGCGCUGUGGUCUUACUAAUCUUCAAUUUUAUUUUUUUUACGCCCAACAAAACUGUGGUUUUGAGAUGCGUGCCAGAUAAUCAACGGACAUAUUUUUUUGGUCUGCAGUGGCUUUUUCUGAGUAUGUUUGGUUCUUUGUUUUUUUCUGUUAUAUUCGGUGCAUUUAUUGACAAGACCUGUAUCUUUUUUUUAGAGACGUGUAGCGGCAGAGGAAGCUGCCUGGAGUACAACAAUGAACUUCUAAGCUAUUUGUUGGUAGCGGCAGGCCUGUUCUUUCAGGUUCUUUCAACGGCCCUUUACUUUGGUUCGUGGUUCUUCUGCAAGUCACACGACCCUCUUAUCCCUGGUAUCCUGGUUGUAGGUGAUUCAGCCUCGUCUCAAACUCGCCUCAGUCCUCCACAGACACCAGUGCCUGGUUUUGAAUUCCGCCAACAGCGCCAAGCGGCUGGUCAGCAGGCUCUUCCAGAGGGAGAAGCUCUUGCGCAGGCUGAUCACGACAGAGAAAACUCGUCCCCAGUUCCUGGCUUCGCGAGGUAUGAAGCUGAUGAUGACAGCGUGUACCUAUCAUUUACAAAUGCAGGUGGAGAAAGCCAAAGUAGUUUUCUACCGAUCGCUCAGAUUGAGUCUUCCAUUUGAGAUAGAUAGUAUUUUGUGUUAGAACACAUACAAAGUGUAGGUUUUAUUUUCACUUAGCAAUUUGACAAAUAAUCACCCCAAGAAGAAAUCCAUCAAUGUAUGAAAAAGAACAUUUCCAGCGCGUUUUCAAAUUCUCGUACAUCCUUCUUACUAUUUGUAAGAUCCCGAAAGUAAAAGUAAGAUUUUAGAUAAAAAAAAAAAAACUCGUGAACAAGGUACUCGCCAGGUACCAAAACAUCUGAAUAUAUUAAUUAUUUGAAAAAACACCACAAAAAAUUACGUUUCUUUGGCAUGCUGUUAACAGGAAUUUCAUCUACAGCAGUUUUAUAACCGCUGCUUGGUCAAACGAUGUUUGUUUGUAUCCAUUGGUCCUGUUAGGGGUUUUGAAGGGAAACCUUUAGUUAGCUUACUAGUUUCCGAUUACGGCCAAGGUGUGGUAACUUAAAACAAAUUAUUCGAGUCAAAGAAAGAUUUUCCUAAACGAUCAAUUUGAUCUAAAAUCGAAAUACAGUAGAACCUCGAUUUAGCGAAGUGCCAAGGUACUGGGGAAAUUGAUUAUUUAUUUAGGUGCACGUCAUGUAUUUCGUUGUUUCAAUUUUAUAUUUGUUCCUUGGUUUAUUAUUUCUUUUGAGUUUUUGUUACUUUGUUGCGCUUGACUUUUUUUUUUUGUACAUUUACUUAUCGUCU